AUGAAUUUUAUUCAGUCUCCUCUUCAUAAUCAAUUUCAUCUUUAUUCUAUUGUCUACACUGACAAAUCAUAGCAAUCAACAAUUACAACUCAUUACAAUAUCAGAAGGCUCACUUUAGAAUAGAACAUUUUGCUAAAAAACAAUUGA